AUGCCGCAUAUUGUUUAUGGUGCUAUUUGUUUUCUAAUGGGCAUAACCAUGGGGAUACUGCAUUUACUGAGCAACGCCAUUGAUGAAUUUCUUGCAAGAAAUGAAUUAUCACUAUCAAUGGUUAGAGGUCAAGGUUAUGAUGUGGCUUCUAAUAUGCGUGGAGAGUUUAACGGGCUUAAAGCUUUCAUUUUGAAAGAAAAUGAACAUGCAUAUUAUGUUCAUUGUUUGGCGCAUCAACUUCAAUUAGUUAUUGUUUCUAGUGUCAGUCAAAAUGGACUCGUAAGCAAUUUCUUUGAAUAUCUCUCUAUGAUUGUAAAUAUUGUUGGAAUUUUGUGUAAAAGGAGAGAUGAAUUGAGGCAUCGCCAAUUUGAUGAUCUUGCAAGAUAUGUAGAAUUGAGUGAUAUUGCUAUAGGAAAGGGAAUGAAUCAAGAAAUGAAUUUGGCUCGAGUCGGUGAUAUUCGUUGGGGUUCUCAUUUCAAGACAAUCACUCGACUUUUUAAUUUGUGGUAUUCAGUUAAAGGAAUUAUUGAAAUUAUAGCUACAAGUGGAAGUGAUGUGAAAAGUCGAGGACUUGCUGUAGGAUUGUUUGUUUGA